AUGAACAAGAUGAACAAGACGAACAAGCUGAACAAGAUGAACAAGAUGAACAAGAUGAACAAGGCAAACACGACAAUCAAGACAAACAAGGCGAACAAGGCGAACAAAACGAAUAUGACGAACAAGACGAAUAUGACGAACAAGACGAACAAGACAAACAAGACAAACAAGGCGAACAAGACGAACAAGACAAACAAGACAAACAAGACAAACAAGACAAACAAGACAAACAAGACAAAUAAAAUGAACAAGAAGAGCAAGACAAAUAAGACGAACAAGAUGAGGAGAAACAGGAUGAACAAGGAGGGAGAAACAGGAUGGAUUAGAAGGGAGAAACAGGAUGGAUUAGAAGGGAGAAACAGGAUGGAUAAGGAGGGAGAAACAGGAUGGAUUAGAAGGGAGAAACAGGAUGGAUUAGAAGGGAGAAACAGGAUGGAUUAG